GCCAUCUCCGCGUUGCUCUUUACCUUAUUCAAACUCGAGCAGCACCGUCUGCAUUUUGAGGGUGAAGGCGUAUAUCAUAAGGAUUUGAAAUAAAUUGGACAAUGAAAUGAUGGUUACUUUCUUUUCAUUGUUUAGGAUUCCUUAACUUAUAAUCUCCAAAACUUGGGACUAGCAUGUCUUUCUUUGUUUUUCUUUUUUGAUGUUUUUGACAGAAGAUAUGAUGGUGACAGUAUGAGAGAGACCUAGAUGUUGUGAAUGAAGACACAAGACAGGAUCAAAGAAGUCCGGCUACGAAGUCGGAGUAUAAGUAUGGAUGUCAGAUGAAGUAAAACCAUUUUGUGCAUAGAAGAUGGAUCAUGUAAGCAGUCUGCCAGACGAGGUUCUUUAUCAUAUAUUGUCCUUCCUUACCACAAAGGAAGCUGCUUUGACUUCGAUUCUCAGCAAAAGAUGGCGCAAUCUGUUUACGUUUGUACCUAAUCUUGAUAUUGAUGACUCUGUCUUUCUCCAUCCCCAAGAGGGUAAGGAGGAUAGGUACGAAAUUCAAAAGAGCUUCAUGAAAUUUGUUGAUAGAGUAUUGGCUUUGCAGGGUAAUUCUCCCAUUAAGAAACUCUCCCUCAAGUUGAGAACUGGCUUUGAUUCACACCGAGUGGAUGGUUGGAUAAGUAAUGCCUUGGCUCGUGGUGUUACCGAACUUGAUCUGCUAAUCAUUUUGUAUACAGCAGAUUACUAUCUGCUGUCUUCAAAAUAUUUCAGGAACCUGGUUACGCUGAAGCUAAACAGUGUUCGUGUUGAUUGGUUAGCUGCUGGUGACAUAUUCUUACCAAUGCUUAAAACCCUAGUUCUUCACUCAGUUAGGUUAUGUGUUGAUAAGUAUUUUUUUAGUGCUUUACCUGCGCUUGAGGAAUUAGUCUUGGUUAGUGUUAACUGGGGAGGUAAGGAUGUCAACGUAUCAAAUGCAAGCCUCAAAAUCCUAACAGUAAAUUACAACAUUUGUUUAGGCACUUUUUCGGUUGAUACACCUAGUCUUGUUUACUUCUGUUUCACUGAGUAUGUUGCUAUAGACUACCCUGUAGUUAUAAUGCAAAACUUAUUUGAGGCUAGAAUCAGCCUUUUGGUAACUCAAGAUCAAAUCGAGCGAGCAAGAGCGCCAAAUAUCGAUUGGGUGGAGGAUGAUGUUGUUCUCCGACUAGUUAAUAUGGAGAAGCUCAUAAAAGGCAUACGUAAUGUUCAGUAUAUGUACUUGUCUCCGAAUACUCUCGAGGUUCUUUCUCUGUGUUGUGAAUCGAUGCCAGUGUUCAACAAUCUCAAAUCGUUAACUCUUAAGAGUCACAAGAGUCGAGGAUGGCAAGCAAUGCCAGUUCUUCUAAGGAACUGUCCACAUCUAGAAACUCUAGUCCUUGAGGGUAUCUUGCACCAUGUCACAGAUAAAUGUGGGUAUGCUUGUGACUGUGUUUCCCGAGAAGAAAAAGGUUGUUCACUCACAUCUUGUCCAGUAAAAGUGUUAGAGAUUAAAGGGUUUCGAGGAACGAUAAAAGAGAUGCACAUGAUAAAGCAUUUCGUGAACUAUUUUCCUUGUUUGAUGGAAACAAAUAUUUAUAUUGAAGAGAGUGGUCCUCCAAAGCUCAGAGUCCCCCAAGUGUGUGAAUUUAUCGCGGAGAUGAUGGAACACUACGGAAAAUCAUCCAGUUUCAAUGUCCAGCUCCUAGUGGGUGGUUACUUGUAUAAGAAGUGGACUGCACAAUGAAGUCUUUAAAGAACAAAAGUUUCUCAUAGUUAUGCCAAAGUCUCUUUUAACCUGUUUUAAACUAAACCAAUCGGGAAACUGUAGUUUCUUUUCGUCUUCUUCAAUUUCCAAUGUUU